CAUUGGUGUUGUGCUUGCGCUGUCGGCCAUUUUCCUUUCGGUCAGUUCAGCAAUCAGCAGUGACGCGAACGCAGCAAGUGAACAUAAUCGCACACCAAGUGUAUUUCUCAUCGUUAUGCCCUCAUCGUCGGAGGGUUCCUAAAUCCCACCACAUCACACCACACACACGUGAAUCUCUCAACAGCUGGAUACCAUCAGCCCAUACCAACCAAAAUAAAACCACCACACGCCGAAGUACGACGUAAUUUGUUGCUGCGACGACCACCAGUGAUCAGCGAAGCUAAAAAUGGCAUCCAGAAAGAAAAUCCUCCUCAAAGUAAUCAUCCUGGGCGACUCAGGCGUCGGCAAAACCUCACUGAUGAACCAAUACAUCAACAAGAAGUUCUCCAACCAGUAUAAGGCGACCAUCGGCGCGGAUUUCCUCACCAAGGAGCUGAUUGUCGACGACAAGGCCGUCACCAUGCAGAUCUGGGACACUGCCGGGCAGGAACGCUUCCAGAGCCUGGGUGUCGCCUUCUAUCGCGGUGCAGAUUGCUGUGUUUUAGUGUUUGAUGUGACUGCGCCAACAACAUUCAAGUCCCUGGACAGCUGGCGAGACGAGUUUCUCAUCCAGGCAUCCCCACGCGAUCCCGAGAACUUCCCCUUCGUGCUACUGGGCAACAAAGUGGACCUCGAACCGCGCGCCAUUUCCGCCAAACGCGCACAACAAUGGUGCGCGUCCAAGAACGGCAUACCCUACUUCGAGACAUCCGCGAAGGAAGCCCUCAACGUCGAGCAGGCGUUCCAGUGCAUCGCACGCAAUGCGCUCAGCCAGCAGAAUCAGUCCGAGGAUCUGUACAACGAGUUCCCCGACCAGAUUAAGCUCACCAAUGCGACGAAGACGAACGGUGGUGAUAGCUGCGCGUGCUGAUCAUCCAAACGCAUAUUAUACACACACCACUAAUGUUUUUGAUUUAAUGCAAAUCGAUAAUAUGAAUGAAUAUCAAAUCUUUCGGUUCCAGUUUUUCAACCAAUGUAAAUAUUUAAUGGCAAAAGAUGAAUUCGUGUAUAAUCGCACUCGUGCUGUUGUUAGGUCUCACACUUUCUUUCGGCGCAGCGCAUUUGUGACACUUGGUAGGACUCUAGAGAUAGAAGUAUAUCUAAUACUAUUAUUAUUAUUAUUAAUAUUAUUGAAGAAAGUGUCUCUAUAUAUAUAUUAUAAAUAAUUAAUAUUAUCUAUAUAUUAUUAAAUUUGUAUAUUAUAUUGUAUCCCCGCAUUCUCGUUUGUGUUUCGUUAGGUAAUUGAAAUUGAGUUUACUUGUUUGUAGUAUAAAGGAUUACACUGAA